AACGGAGUCAACUCACGUAGCCUAGGGCUAAUUAACAAGCCAAUUUUGUGAUAUGAUGUGGUCACCAAAAGUUAAUCGUCUUGCUGAUGAUGAAAAGGACAUCGUCAGAUCGCGUUGGAUGACUAAUUGCAUCGUUUUGAUAUAACCAUCUGGUACUUUGACGAUUUUCACUCUGCCAAACCUUAUCAAAUUGUAACUUUUUCUGCAUAUAAGGUGGUCUAAGAGUCUUGUCAGCAUGGUUAGCAGUUUAAAUAUCUCUUCUGCUAAAUGUGAUUAAAUUUGAUUUGUGUUAUUUAAAAUACGUAAUUUUUUUGUUUUUUUUUUACAGUCCGGGUCAAAUUUGAUCAGAUGUUAUUUCUGGCGCAAGAUGUAUUUAAACUGCUAACUAUGCUGAAAAGACUCAAAUGGGCUUCUUUUGAGCCAACAAAAUGUAGAUUUUCCAUACACAUGUUUUAAGCCUCGGCUCGAAUGACCUUCAGUGCCUUCAACACAUUUUGCUUUUUUCGGUUCGGCUCAUUUUUGGAGCGCCAUUCGCUAUAUAUUUGAAAAGUUUCGACGUUGUAUUUACGAAAUGAAGUCUCGUCAAGGGUAAUGAUGCGUUUGCUACAUUUUCAAGCAUCCCUAUUGCGACCUCCACGCGACGUCGUUUAUGCAAAAGAUUCCGGCUUUUUCGUAUGAGUCUAGGAUUGACUCAAAAUAUUAACCAAUUUGUGAGUCGAAAUUCCACUCUCGACAAGCAAAGACCAAACUAAAGUUACUCAUUUUUCCCGUCCUGUUAUAUGGUGCAGAGGCAUGGACGAAUACAACAAGUCAAGAUGAGUUCGGUUUACGAGUUUUCGACAGAAAGGUUCUGCGGAAGUUUUAUGGUCCUUUGCGCAUUGAUAAUCCACUGCUAUAUUUCUGAUGCCAAAACGAAGAUUUUCAAGCUCUGUUUCUUUAAUUUUUUCCAUGCUAUCGUUAUUAACAGAGCAGGGUUGGACAACUCGCAUGCGUCAAGUUUUCGAUGACUUCACUGAACGCUAUGUGCCUCUCAAAUUCCUAGGUUCGUGAUAAAGUGGUCUUCUCAAAACACGCCUGGUAUAUUUUCAACGUUUUCUUGGGCGUGAUUGCAUUAAAAAUACAAAACUUCAAGCAAACUCACUUUUUGUUUUACUUAUUUCAGUUAUGAAAUAAUCGAUAACUUUUUACCCCCACUAAUCGCAAAUAGGUUCAUUUAACAGUAAUAAAGUAAAGUAAAAUUCAUGAAUCAGUGGAGAAUUACGCGUAAAAGAAUUAUUAUGACAGAAAUCUUGACUCAACUAAAUUAAAAGUGAAAUAUUUGGGAAUUAACUUGAACAAAGUUUUUCGAAUCAUUUAUCUCUAGUUUUUUUUUUUUCAAAAUGUGUCUCAAAUCCUGCACAUGUAAGAAUUAUGAUCUUAACGAAAUUUCACCACUAUUGGCAUGUCACCUAGACAAAUUCACGCCACAACGUGUUGCAAUGCCAAACGCACAAAGAUUUCACAAAUAUUUGACAUACUUUUGAAGAAAAGCUGCUUAUACUUCGAUUUAUUAGUUUUUUUUCUACAUUCUAUGCUGUGGUGAUGCGUAUACUAUAUACAUAUAUACAUACAUAUACAUAUAUACUCGGUAUGUCUGUCGCACAUUUAUCUGCAUAAGCAUAUUUUCUCCACUAAUUCCUUGGCAAAUUUACACACUGCCGCUAGUACAUAUAAAUAAAUUCAUUAAUUGUCUAAAUACUCACAGUAAUUUCUAUUUAAGCAUUCAAUGCGUCAACUCACGCGAGUUCGUUGGCUUACAUUUCCAUUUCUUCUUCCAUUUAAUGGCUAUGCGCCACCAACGCAACGCAACGCAGCGCCAACAUCUCAACACAAGCGUUGGCGGCGGCGGUGGCAGUCAAGCGCGUUGAUGCUUAAGCAAACAAAAGUUUAUUGUCAAAAUACUUAAAUGACAGUUUCGCAUUAUAGUUUAGUAUUUAUUCUGUUGCCGUUUUUAUGUGCAUAUUUUCACAGCACUGCAUUUGUAAGAGCAUUUCACGCUUCAUAAUUGGGAGGAGAGAAGAAGAAAUUUUUCGUUUUUCUGUGGUUUCGUUCUAAUUUUACUGCUAAUUGGUGUUUAGUUGCGGGCAUAAAAGAUAAAUUAAAGAUAUAUGUAUACAUAAGUAAAAUAAUGAAAAAAGGAGAAAUUUGUAAAAAAAAUUUAAAAAUUUUUUUAAAAAUAUAAUAUAUAAAAAAAUGUAAAGAAAAAAAAUUUAGAAAAUUUAAAAAUAAUUUUAAAUUAAAAAAAUUUAAAAAACAUAAACGUAACGCUUGAAAACAAAAAUAAAACAAAAAGUGAAAAAAAAACUAAGGAAACACAACAAAAAAUCCAAAAAACUCAAAAACCAUUGAAACACAUGCGAAAAAUUCAGCGCAUAAUUGUUAACUAAAAAUCUUAAUACAGGGUGUAUAAAAAAUAUAAAAUACUAAGAAAAAAAUUAAUAAAAAAGCGUAAAUUUAUGAAAAAAAUAAAUAAAAAUACUAAAAAAUUAAAAGAAAUAAAAAAAAAUUAGUAAAUUCAAAAAUAAUAAUUUUAAAAAUUAAUAAAAAAUAAAUUUUUAUUUCAAAAUAAUAUAUAAAAGUAAAAUCUGAAGAAAGAUAAAAUAAAAAUUAAAAUUAAAAAAAAAUUAAAAAUAAAAAAAAAAUUAAAAAUAAAAAAAUUAAAAUCAAAAAAACAAAAGCUAACGAAAAGAAAAAUUUAGUAAAACUUUAAAAAUCAUAGAAACACAAACCAGAAAUUCGGCGAAAUGUGGAAAAUUGUGAAAAGUAAACUCUGAAAAAAAAAAAAUUAAAAUUAAAAAAAGUUAAAAAUAAAAAAAUUAAAAUAAAAAAAUUAAAAAAUUAAAAACAAACGAAAAGAAAAAUUUAGUAAAACCUUAAAAAUCAUAGAAACAAAAACCAAAAAAUCGGCGGAAUGUGGAAAAGUGUGAAAAGUAAACUCUGAAAGAUAAAAUAGAAAUAAAAAUUAAAAAAAAAAAAAAUUAAAAAUAAAAAAAAUUAAAAAAUUAAAAUCAAAAAAAUAAAAAGAAACGAAAAGAAAAAUUUAGUAAAAAUUUAAAAAUCAUAGAAAAACAAACCAGAAACUCGACGGAAUGUGGAAAGUUGUUAACCAAAACUUUUAAUACAGGAUGAUUUACUAAAGAGAGCGUCAUCGCACCAUUUGGACGCCGGACAGAAUUAGUGGACGGACACUGACGGUACGAACAAUUUGACGAACCUUUGUGACAAGCUACAGCCCAAAGCCUUCUGAGCCUAACUCCGCUUAUAAACUGAUGACGAGCUCCUCUUAAUGUUGCUUUACGUGCGAGUGUGAAUUUUAUGCGCAGCGUGGCAGGCAAGUGGCUUACAUUUUGCGCACGUUAACGCCUUUGACACACCCCCUUACGCUGGCGGAUAGCAGCCACGCAUUCGCGUUCCACGCGUACCGGCCACGUCACAAACUGAAAAACGCGGGAUGUCGGAAAAAUGGCGUGCACUAAACUCAACUAGCGGAAAUGUACAUGGACAGACACAUAAAACUGUAAAAACAACAGCGGCAGCAAAGACAAGCAGUAAAUCUAAAUUGCAGAAUAUGGCAAGCAAUCACAAUAACUCCGGCAGCAGCAGCCACACAGUACCACAUAUUGGCGCACCUACUUUGAUAUCGACUACACUGCAACAAUUACCACCGCCCGCACCGACACCGACACCGACACCAACGACACCCACACCACAGUCCAUGGCUGGCGGAGAUGGGAAUACCAGCAGUAACUCUCAUUCACCGAACACUGCAAUGCUAGCGUCUGGCGCUGCCGGCAGUGACACCGAGUCCAACUCGACGGACUACAAUGCCGGCGCUAUUGGUGGCGCUGGUGCGGGUGGCGCUCUGGGCGCUGGUGUGCAAUUAAACUUUCAUUUAUUGGAUGCCGGCACCGCUGGCGAUGGUAAUUCAAUAAUGAACUCAUCACAAAUAUCUGGCAACUCCAAUGAGUCGAUGCAGUUGUCGAGCAGUCCAGCCGCUGUUGGUGGUGGCGGUGGUCCUGUGGCAAGCAUUGUUGGCAAAUCGGGCGGUGGCAAGCAUUUGACCGCACACAGUGUGGCAGGGAAAUCCUGUCGCUUUCCGAAACUCGAAGAAUGCGCACACUUCCACUAUGAACGCGUGCAGUUGGGCGCAUUUUCGGUGCGUCUAAUGGACGAUAAAUCCGAAUUGCUGAACAGCAGCAUAGCAUCACAAUCGAUUGGCGGCGAUAUUGCCGGCAGUCAACUGGGACAGGCGCUCAGCAACAGCGGUACCGGUCCCUCAUCCUACCGUUCCUUCUCGCCAGCGAAUUGUUGGUUCAUCAUAAAAGUUUUCCCGCACAGCUGUGAUCCGUUUCUAGUGAAACGUUCCUUUGACAAUAUGCAGAUGUUGGACGAGAUGUUGCAUCGCUGCGUGUAUGAUCGCAAAAUAAGCGGUCUGAAGAAUUUGGAAGAGUUGGAUUUCAAGAGUGAGGAAGAUGUCGAAUAUGCGGUCGCAAAGUAUUUGGAGCGUUUCUCAAAGAUCGCCUCCGAUUCGUUAACAUGCGGCACUAUACUCACUUGGUUGCAAUUGGACAAUAAGGGACGUCGUUUACCGCUAGCCGAUGGUGAUACAAUGCGUACGAUAAAUACACCCGCAGUGGGAGCCGCUUAUGGUGUGCGUCGCUAUCAGGCGCAAGCAUCCGAUGAAAUCUCUAUUGAAGUGGGUGAUAUGAUCUCCGUUAUUGAUAUGCCUAGUCCGGCUGAAUCGAUUUGGUGGCGUGGCAAGAAAUCACAUUUACAAAAAUCACAAUACGAAGUUGGUUUCUUUCCGCAAUCGUGCGUGGCUACAAUCGGUGAUAAGGUGCCGCGUCAUUUUCCCAUGCCAGCGCCACUAGUCGGGCAAUUGGAUGUCUCGCCAACGAAACCGGUUUUGCGUAAACAUGGCAAACUCAUUGCAUUCUUUCGUUCGUUCAUCUUAUCGCGGCCAUCACGGCGUCGCCUCAAGCAGAGCGGCAUCUAUCGGGAACGCGUCUUCUCGUGUGAUCUAUCAGAGCAUUUACUCAACAGCGGGCAGGAGAUACCAAUGGUAUUGAAAUGUUGCGCGGAAUUCAUUGAAGAAUAUGGUAUAGUCGAUGGUAUCUAUCGGCUUUCGGGUAUUACGUCGAAUAUACAAAAGUUGCGACGCGCUUUCGACGAAGAGCGCAUACCAGAUUUGGGUAAUCCGGAGAUGAAACAAGACAUACAUGCGGUUAGUUCGUUGCUGAAAAUGUACUUCCGAGAAUUACCGAAUCCUUUGUGCACGUACCAGUUGUAUGACAACUUUGUUGAGGCCAUACAAGAGAAGAGCGAGUCGAACGAACGACUUCGGCUGAUGAAGGAGACUGUACUGAAGUUGCCGCCACCGCAUUAUCGCACAUUGAAAUACUUAGCGGAGCAUCUAAAUCGCAUCUCACAACACUCUGCACGCACCAGCAUGAAUGACAAGAAUCUGGCUAUAGUUUGGGCUCCCAAUCUACUGCGCUCACCAGCGCUCGAGUCCGGUGGUGUGGCAGCGCUACGCGGCGUUGGCGUACAAGCUGUCGUCACUGAGUACCUGAUACGUAAUUGUCACAAUAUUUUCGACGCCUUCGAUGAUAUGAAUGUGCGUCUUAGCUACAUUGCCACAGCUGGCGCGGCACAAGCCAACGAGACGCGUCUCGAUUCGUUAACGGAUUGUGAGAGCUUGUUAGUGGAACAGCGCGAACACGAUCAAUCGCUUACCUAUAUGGAGCGUCCGAAAAGUCUUAGCACUGGCGGUCCUAAGUUGAUUAGUUUAGAGGAGGCACAGGAGCGUCACUCACGUAUUGAUGGGCUCGAUAUGAAGACUACGAUGCCUAUAAAUAUGGUAUCCAGCAAUGCUGCAAAUAUUGGCUCAUACAUUGAGGUCGGCGGUGGACCAUCUAGUCUACCUGAUAAAUAUCAUACAGUGCUGUCGGUGCCACGCAGCUGGCAGAAGCGGAAAACACAUUCAUGGAAAUCGCUCUUUACACGUAAUCAACGACCAAUCAGCAACGGCGCACACGAUUUGAAGACUGGUGCCGCGUCAACUGCAGUUGCUAGUAAUGUUGUGCCGCCAGCGCGUCAGAAGGACGGCAGUCACACGCAAGUCACAUUUGCAGAAGCCGACUUGAUAAUCACAAAUGCCGGUAAAGUGGGUAAGGCGCUGCACAAGCAAGAAAAACCGAAAUCGAUUGAACUAUUCGAGACGAGCAGUCGACGUGACGACGUGGUCGGCAAGCCGAUGGAAGUUUGUGUACGUUCGAACUCCAUCGACAGUCUGCGCACUGCUGGACACUCACGUUCGGUUUCGCAUGAUUCCUACUUUGAUUUGCUGCAGUCGCCACAACGUGGACAUGUGACAACUUGUCCGUCACGCGAGCUCUCCGAAUUGGGUUUGAAUUUCGAUCGUGAAGAGCCUGAGAUGCGCAUCUUCUCCGAAAGUGAGUCGUUAGUGAGCUCACCACGUGUCGGCAAGGAAAAUAUACCACCAUCUUCUGGCGCAGCUUCACGCCGCAUAUUGCGCGCGCGUCCCGAGGAGUUUUCCAGUCAGACAAACAGCGUUAAUCCGAGUCCCAAAAAGCAGCCACGUCUCAAUUUGCAUCUUUCACCAAGCGCAGCUUCCGCUUUGGCGAAUAAUUGGGCACAACAGGGCGGCCACGGCAGCGCAGCAGUUAUGCCGAGCGGUACAUUGUUAGACGCAGCUGGCAACGAGUCGGUCUGCCAUGAGCAUCAUGCACAUCUCUCCAGUGACGAAAGCUGCUGCAAACGUUACAAGCUCGAGGAUCAAUUGUCCGAUAUACAGUUCAUUGAUUGCAGCACACCUGAGCACACCAUAGCCAAUCCACAGACGCUUUAUGCUAGCGUGCAAGUACAUGCGCCACCCAAGUCAGCGCUCUCCAAAAACUCGCUGUACGGCUCGACAGAGAGUACAAACAAAUCGCAAGAUGCCGUCAGCGCUAAGGCGAUACAAUUUGAAAAGAAGUACGGCAUUGCUGCCAAAGGUGGUGGUGAGAAGAAGACAAGCGCUGGCGCGGCAGCAGCAGCCGCAGCAGGUGGCAGCAUUAUCAGCACACGCUACAGUUACCCCACUGUGCAGUUGGGCGCCAAGCGCAAAGAUCAGGAUUCAUUCAAAGAACGUUUCAGUUAUCCCGGCUCCGGGGUGAGCAAUGAACGUCGCUUCUCUGCAAAAGAUGCCGCAUCCCGCAUGCAAUUCGAGGAUGAGCUUUGCGCCAAACGUGAGCUGGAGAGCAUAACACAAGUACCUUAUGGCAGAAACACAAACUACAACAAUCAUACACAUGCGCCCAAGAAUCUGCCCGAUUUGAUGCGUCCGAAGAAUCGCAAUAGCUACUGCAAUGCCAAUGAGGCACUGAAUACGUUACUAUUACGCAAUAGUACCAAUGAAAUAACCAAAGAUGCCAAAUCCGAAAUGGAACGUUCGAAAAUUUCCGUUACACCUUCCUCACCAAUGCAGAGUCCACGCUACUCGUUGUUGGUGGGUGAGACCAGCUCCGAGAAUAGUUCGGCUGUCAAUACACCACAAUAUGAUUUGGAACCGCUAAUGGCUACCUCUGCAAUGUCGGGCUUAUCACAACUCUCGGGCGCAUCCUCACACCAACAGCAGCAACCAUUAUUGUUGGGCGUCGACACUGGCAGUUGUUUGGGCACAUCACACGAAAGUCUCGGCAGCAAUUUCACAUCACACUCGAACAUCACGAACGCAUCGCAUCCCGAACGUCGCGAUAUGCACGCACUUAAACGCGAGCUCUCACUCGAUCUACAACCACUGACCACCAAGAUGACCAUCGACGGUGUGGAUGGUGUUGGCAAUGGUGGUGCUGGACAUGCGUCCACAUUGCCCUACAAUCGACAACGAGAAUUAGCACAACAACUCAUUCCAUCGCCGAAUAAUUCGAAUUUUACAGACAAUACUAGUCAAUCGGUGACGCCCAGUGAAUUCGGCUAUCAGAAUUUGCAACGUCAGUCGAGCAUGCAUUCGUUGAUUGAAACCGAAGCGGAGUCGCCAGCGUAUGAAGAAUACGAGAAUACGCCGAGCAAUAUGGCCUCACCGUUGUUGGGUGCACAGAAGCCGCCACCGUUAGGCGGUCCCACAAGCCCGAUACGUGCUACAAUUAGCAUUACGUAUAAUAUGCGUAGUCCACGCGAGGAAUUGCCAACUAAAGGUUACGCUGUGAUGCGCGACAAGACGAAGGCUGCUGCCAAGGGACCGCUGCUGGAGACGAGCUUCGAUGAGAAUACCGUUUAUGAGCAGGUGCGAUUCUUUAGAAAUUCUGUGACCGAGGUAAAUCAGCUAUUAAACGACGAACGUAAGAGUGCUGUGGCGCUCGAAUGUCUGAAAGAGACCAAUGAGAAUGAUAUGCAGGACUUUAGUGCUUACGAAAAUGUACCGCUCCUAAAUGAAAAGACAACUAGCAAGGCAUGUCGACCAGAUGUGCCGAUGUGUGGCGAGAAAAACCUGUUAGACAGUUUGGAAGACGACGCCGAGCAAGAAGAUGAGGGUUUGCUCUAUGAAAAUGUGGAAUUGCGCAAACCGAAAAGUGUUUAUGAAAAUUUAUUAGGUGAACAAUUGAAAGGUGAAGUAAGAGAAGCUGAUCCAUCAGACAAAUUAGAAUUGGACAGUUUGGAUAGCAUCAAAACCGACACAGAUAUUGUGAAAGCAGAAUGUGUAGAGCUUGCUAAUGUUAACGCGCAAGAGCUAGAACUUGAACCGCCGCUUAGCGCCGGUAUUGUCGAAAACUCAGCGCGCAAGUCGCCUUCGAACUUUAGCGUUAAAGAGCUGGCUACAAAGUUCGAGAGUUCGCCUGUCGAGCAAUUACCUGCCUUCGACUUCAGCUUCCGCAGUUCGAUUAAAAAGCACACAGGUGUUGUGAAUGCCGAACUGAAAACCUCGCAAACGAGUCUCAGCUCGAAUACCGAACAGACGGUAACAACAAAGGAGACUGUGAACCCCAAACAGAAACUGACGAAAUCACAACAAAUAACGCGUUCGCUGGAUGAGAACGCAUUCGUGCGCGAAUUCGGUUCGAAACAUUUGCAAGAGUUGAACACGCGCAGCACUCAACAGCUGCCAGAACUGGCAGAGGUAACGAAUCGACGCAAAAGUUUCGACUUUACGCGUCCGAAAACGUUAAACCCGCCAAAGCGGCUGCCCGGCAUACCAAUUACCGAAGAGAUUUGUUUGUCGAAGAAUGAAAAGGCAGCGUCGCCGGCUGCAUUCAAGCACGAGAAGAGUUACAACCAUGCGGUGGUGGAUGCCGCAUUAGAAAACGAUUACGAAACAGCCGAACUGAAGAUCACGCCAACCACAGAGAAUCGCAUCUCGCUUAUACAGAACAACGUUAACUCGACAGCGCAGCAAGCAGCGGCUACGGGUAACUCAACCGCCGCCGCUAUAAAUGCCAGCGCCAGCGAUCUGAGCAACUCGAAUUUGAAUUUGUCGACUAGCAGCUUAAAAGUGUUGUCCGGCGUGAAGCUGGACCGCGAACGUAUUGAUAAAAUCAAAGAGGAACGUCGUCAGCAAUUGACGCAAAAGUAUCGCGGCGAUACGACGAACUUCAAGUCGCGUUCGAAAACCGAUCUGCACACGCCAUCACAUAAGGACGACGACAAAUUUAAUGGCGCCGAAUCGUUGCGUGUCAAAUCGAAAUCACGCGGUGAUAUGCGCGCUCUACAGCAGGAGAACGAAAAUGUUAAAGAGCUACUGGGUCGCGCACGUUUGCUGGCGGGCUCGGAAAGCACUUUGCAUGCUCCACGCGUGCGCAGCAUUUCCGAUGAGAAAAAUCAAAAUUGUGAUGGGAAUACAAUAACAACGGCGACGGUUGUGGCUAGCAAAAAUUCCAAUACGAAUGCGAAUGCUACCAACAACAGCACAACAAACGACAUCACAGCCAACACAACUUCGUCUUUGGGUAAUGUAAACUACGCUAAGAAAACUAGCGCAGCACAGGAAGAGUUCUCGGCACGCGCAACAGUACAGAAAUUCGAGCGGAAAAGUUUUGAGUAUGCCAACGGCAUAGCGGCCCCGAUAGCAUCAACGACAGCAGCUCGAGAACGCAAUAGCCGCAGUGAGGGGACAAGUGGCGGUACGAGUAAUAGCUCCAGCGGUAUUGGCAGUCACGCAGCCUUGUCGACCAGUCGGCAAAGUCUAACGUCAACCCGUGAGAAAAUCUCACCACAAUUCUCCAUACGUGAUAUGACGGCGAUGUUCGAGUCACGCUCUCAGAACUCUUAAAACGAGUAAACGCAUGCAAAAUAUGUGGAAACUCAAACAAUUUUGUAUUUAUAGAACACAUAACUGUACAACUGCAUAUUAAAAAGAAGUGGGCAGACAGAUUUCCCCCAAUAUCACAAGCAUACACACACACACACAUACACACAUGCAGUAAAGUAUGCAAGAAGAAAGCAUUUAUGCAACAAAUAUAACUAAAAUUCAAAAUAAUUUAUAUAUACAUAUAAACAAAACUUAAUAAAUAAACGUAUAUAUGUAUAGAUGGGCAUAUGUGUAUCGUGGCAAAUAAUAACCUUAAAAUGAAACAAAAACAAAUUAAUUGUAUUUUUACAACAUAAAUAAUGCAGCAAAAGUGUAAAAUAACAAAAAAAAUAUGUACACAUAUAUAUAUGUAUAUACUCAUGUAUGUCUGUGCAGCUGUUGUAUGCAAAAUUGCAAGCCAAAUACAUGAAAAACAUUUAAAUCACAUUUCUUUCUAGCCAAAUUUACGAUGACAAAGCUAAAAAUAAAUUUAAAAAAAUUCAAAAUUUACAUGAAAAUAAGUAAAGAAAUUUUUCGGCGCCGCUAAAAAAUAUUAUAAUAAAUAUUUGCUAUAUUAUAAAUAUAAAACUUGACAUUUACUAUGUACUAAAUUAAUAUUAAACAUUGUAUGCAAUUUUUUUUUUCGUUAACUGAAAAAUUUUCUUUUAUAAAUUAUUCGCUAAGUAACAUGAAAUACAAUUUUAUGAAAAAAACAACAACAAAAACUUUAAAUAAAUUUAAUUUAUAAAUGUUAAAACUUGUGUAUGCAUGAUUAUAAUAUUAUUUUAAACAAUUAUUGAUUUUUUUUAACUAUGCUAAUUAUUAAAAAUUAUCCAAAGAAACAAAUAAGACAUUGAAUGAUUAUCAGAAAUUUAUGCAUUUUGUGUAAAAAUAGCCGUUAGCGGUUGGUGUGGCAAUCCAGUAAUUGUAUGCAGUUAAAAUGAUGAAAAAUGAUGAUAAUGAGACAUAAUAAGCAUUUCGCUAUAUACAUACAUACAUAUAUACUAUACAUUAUAUGCAUAUUAGUUGUGUUAAAUUAUUUUUAAAAAUCGUUAGUUAAGCAUUAAUUCUACUUUUUUAUAUGUAAAAAUGCAAAAUGUGUAAUGAAUGCUUAGAAAUAUAAAUAAAAAUACAUACAUACGUAUAUACAUAUUAUAAAACUAAAAUGUAGUUUAAGUUUUGAAAGUGACAAUUUUUGGCGUAACAAUUUAUAUAGCAAUUGUAAAAGUAUGAAAGUAUGCUGGAAAACUUGAGUACACUGUAGUUAUGCCCAUUUGAGUAUACAAAAAUAACAUACCUACAUACAUACAUACAUAUACUUACGUUUAUGUAUGUACUAUAUAAAGAUAAGUUAAACACCCGAAUCCCAAAAAAUUAUAUAUUUGCGUGCGAAAUGUGCUGGAAAAGAGGAAAACAGUUAAUAAAUAAUUUUUUCUUAAUUUAAACAAAUAAAAUUGUAAUUUUCCAUAAAAAUGUAUAGUCAAUAAAGUCAAAUUUUCUA